AUGGAUGAUACAUUUUCUAUAAUUUUUACUUCAGGCACAUCAGGAAUUCCAAAAGGUGCAGUUCAUUCAUUCAAAAGUGCAAGUUAUGGUUCUUAUACAAUAAAUAGUGCAGAAUUAUUUAAAGAUAGUCCAAUGAAAGAACAAACAUAUUUUUCAUAUUUACCAUCAGCACAUGUUCUUGACCAAGAAGUAACUCAUGGAUUUAUUUAUGGUGGUGGUAGAAUUGGUUUUAUUUCAGGAGGAAUUCCAACAUUAAUAGAAGAUUUAAGUAAAUGUCAACCAACAUUUUUUAUUGCAGUACCUCGAGUUUUACAAAAGAUUUAUGAUAAAUUUAAUGAAACUUAUAAUCAACUUGGAUAUUUUUCACAAGUAAUGUUUAAUAUUGGUUAUUAUUAUAAAUUAAAUGCUAUCAAAAAUAAAAGUUGGAAUUAUAUAAAUUGGGAUACUAUUGUUUUUUAUAAAAUUCAUCAAGUAUUUGGUGGUAAAUUAAAAUAUAUUUUAAAUGGAGGUGCACCAUUAACUGAAGAAUUAUAUGAAUGGUUAAGAGUAUGUUCUGGUGCUAUUAUCCUUCAAGGAUAUGGGUUAACUGAAACAUUUGGUGGAAUAUGUUGUUCUCUUCCAUAUAUGACAGAUUUAAAUAUAUUAAAUGUUGGAUCAUGUGGUCCAAAUGUAGAAAUAAGAUUAGUAAGUGUACCAGAGAUGAAUUAUACAAUUGAUGAUGAAUAUCCAUCUGGAGAAAUUGAAAUACGAAGUAAACAAAAUUUUAUUUGUUAUUAUAAAAAUGAAGAAGUUACAAAAGCAGUAAUAAAUGAUGAAGGAUUUUUUGCUACUGGAGAUAUUGGAAAAGUAUGUCCUGAUGGUUCUUUAGCUAUUAUUGAUAGAAAAAAGAAUUUAUUUAAAUUAGCACAAGGAGAAUAUAUAGCAGUUGAACCAUUAGAAAAUAAAUAUUGUACUAUGCCUCUUAUUUCUCAAUGUUUUAUUUAUGGUGAAAGUUCUGAUAUUUUUAUUACUGCAAUAAUUGUAUUAGAUUCUGAUGAACUUAAACGUAUUGCUUCAAAUAUUACUAAGUCUGAAAAUGAUUCUUUGUUAAAUAUUGAUUAUCUAAAUAAAAUUGAUAUUAAAAAGAAACUCCUUCAAAUUAUCCAAAAUUAUAUUAAAACACAAAAUGU